AUGUACGAAUCAUACCUCACCCUCCCAUACACCUAUAGAUCCGUUCCGUCAACGCUCCCUCCGUCUGUCACUGUCGACCCAAACAACCCAGACGCUAAACCUCGCUACGUCAUCUCAGCUAGCGGCGAGCACGCCGCAACACCGGAGGAUAUCCUCGCCUCAUGCAAAGCCCUCGAGGAGCAUCUGAAGAAGACAAAGACAGAUGCGGACCAGGCGAUCAAGCAAUGGGAGGAGUCAAUAGCUGCGCGAGAACUUGCAGAGAAACGCCGCGUAGCUCCUGGAUGGCUUGAUCGUGAUGAGAAGCUUCUGCAGCCGAGCAAUGCGACGCAUCAAUCCUCUCAGAGCCAGCCAAGUCAGAGCUUACUGGAUAGUGCCGCGCCGGACUCUGCAGCGGCAAGGUUACCAUCUAUGGCUCCGAGGAAUGAAGGCGAAGAGCUAGAUAGGGCAUUUGGGGGGCUCGACUUGAAAUGA